GCAUAAUGGCGGAUAACACGAAGCGUAUUGCAGUGGUCGGUGGAGGCCUGUGUAACAUGGAUACCCAAGAGCAAGUGACACGUGGUGACAGUUUGCGAUAUUCAUUAUGCACAGUCGAAGGCAAGAAUUAAUAAACCCGGACUAACUGUUACUUACAUACGGAGAAGACAACUGUGGACACCUAACUUUACACAGCCAUGUUAUGCAGACGAUUUUUGGCGGAUUUGCAGUUUUGAGUUGGUGCAUUGAAUGCUUGUUAUUUUUCACAAAGGGGGUUUGAAGUGGAUUUGUAUGAAAGAAGACCAGAUAUCCGUACACUGGAACAUGUGCGUGGGCGUAGCAUCAACCUUGCACUGUCAUGUAGAGGGCGUGAAGCACUCAAAGGUGUGGGUAUGGAGGAGAUGGUGACAGCUACUGGCAUUCCAAUGUAUGCGAGAAUGAUCCACAACACUGAUGGGACCAGGAAACCUAUAUUGUAUGGAAAGAAAGAUCAGUAUAUCAUGUCUGUUGACAGAAGAAAACUAAAUGAAGAUUUACUUACAGAGGCUGAAAAACACCCUGGAGUGAGGCUGCACUUUUCACACAAGCUGGUCUCCUGUAAUGUGGAUACUGGAGAGAUGCAUUUCAAAGAUGCCUCUGGUAAAGAUCUUCACACCCGUAGUGAUCUGAUAGUUGGUUGUGAUGGGGCUUACUCAGCAGUAAGGCAGCAGAUGAUGAAGUCCAUGAGGUUUGACUUCAGCCAGGAAUACAUACCCCAUGGGUACAUGGAACUUCAUAUGCCACCUUCAGCAAAUGGGAAGCAUGCUAUGGAAACCAACUACCUGCAUAUCUGGCCUAGGAAUGCUUAUAUGAUGAUAGCUCUGCCCAACCAGGAUGGCUCCUUCACCGUGACCAUGUUUAUGCCAUUUGAAGUGUUUGAGGCUAUACAGACUGAGGAGGACUUGAUGAGAUUCUUCAAGGAAAAGUUUCCAGAUUCACUUCCAUUGCUGGGAGAGCAAGCAUUGAAAGAAACCUUCUUCAACAACAAAGCUCUACCCAUGGUAUCUGUGAAGUGUGGGCCAUACCAUCACAAAGACAAGCUGGUUAUCAUGGGAGAUGCUGCUCAUGCUAUGGUGCCUUUCUAUGGGCAGGGAAUGAACUGUGGAUUUGAAGACUGCCUCAUUUUUAAUGAUAUUCUGGACCAGACCAACAAUGACUUUGGUGAGGCAUUGAAGAAGUUUACUGCCUACAGAAAUGUGGAUGCCAGGGCCAUGUGUGACCUAGCUAUGUAUAAUUAUAUUGAGAUGAGAGCAUCUGUCAAUUCAAAGUUAUUCUUAUUGAGGAAAAAGGUGGACAAUUUUCUUCACUGGCUUUUGCCUGACAGAUGGAUACCUCUUUACACAAUGGUUUCUUUCACUCGCACAAGAUACCAUAAAUGUAUCAAUGGGAGAAAAAAGCAAGAUAUGAUCUUGGAAAGGGGAGCAGUUCUCCUUGUGCUGGGCUCUUCUUUGUUUGUUGGAGUCUGUGUGUGGAGAGGAAAGUUGGGAGACCUAGCAGAGAAGAUAUGCAGCAAAGCACUGGAAAGUGCAAACAGGCUGUAUGAGAUACUUCCACUGAGUUAUUAAAACUCCAAGAAUGAAAGUUUUAGAGGGAGAGAUGGUAAAAACUUUGCAUGAGAAAAAAUUUUGAAACACCUAUAUGAAAUCACUGAUAGUUCCAAAAUAAUGGUUACUAUGGUUGUGAACUCAUCUGCUGCAGUUUUAUUUUCCUUUCAUGGAUUUAGCUAGAACUGAAAAUUUGCACAAAUUGAAUGAUAAUUUUGAAAUAUAUACUAUUUUAACAAAUUUUUCUGUAGGCAUCAUGGUAUAUAUAUAUAUAUAUUG